AUGUCUGCUUCAAGUACCUCCUCUACUUCUGGCACAAUUGCCAGUUAUGCCAAGAAGAUCAAUACAACAAAACGACCAGAUGUCGAGAUCCAUCUAGAUGAUCAUCAUGAUGGAAAGACCUAUACAACAUUUGAUGCUUUGUCAGGCAAGGCCUCAAUCACAUCUCCUCAUGAUGCACAAUUCGACGAAAUCCACAUCACUCUCGAAGGAGUUACUCGAACAUAUGUCGAAAACAUAACCCAAUCCAGUGCAACAUCCAAAACAACUGCUGUUCACAGAUUUCUGAAACUUGUCAUGCCAAUUCGAGAAGCUACAUAUCCUCGGCCACGAGUCGUUGAAGCUGGCAAAAUGCAUACAUUUCCAUUCAACUUUGUCAUUCCAGAACAACUCCUUCCAACGGCUUGCGCACAUGUAUGCGACGCCGAUCAUGUUCAUUUGGCACAUGUGCAAUUACCCCCCAGCAUGGGCGAUCGCGAAGCAUCGAUAUUAGAUGAUUUGGCUCCAGAGAUGAGCAAAAUUCAAUACUCAAUCAAUGCCAGAUUGAUCAAAUGCACUGAGUUGCCGAGAAAGCCGAUCUCCAUUGCGGAGGGCUCGAAGAAACUUCAAUUAAUCCCAAUGGUAGCGGAAGCACCUCCAAUGAGUAUUUCAGCAGAUGAUAAGAGCGAUUACUCGCUCUCAAAGACCAAAUCCUUGAGGAAAGGCAUGUUUUCUGGCAAAUUGGGAAAAAUUACAGUUUCGUCGGAUCAACCUGGAGCAAUCAUUCUCUCAUCUCCUAACAGUUCAUCGGCGGCUACAAUAAUGGCAACGGUCAAGUUACAAUUCGAACCACAUGAUCUGAACUCACAACCCCCUCGUCUUGGUGGUUUAGUCACUAAAAUCAAUGCAAUGAGUUUCUACUCUUCCAAGCCGGCAAAGUCGCUUCGCUCCCGAUCGGGUAUGGCCACGAACUUUGAACCUGCCCGACAAGUCUACCCAACCUCUGUUCCUCUCUCAUCGAGAUGUGUUGAGCAAGUUUCAUGGGUGAAGCACUUGCCACAACCAGAUUUGUCCCGGCGAGCUUCUACCAUAUCAUCGAGUUCGUCUGAAUACUCAGAUAACUCACAAAUGCCACUAAAAGCACAAAACAAGGUCUACUAUACCGCAGAAAUUCUAGUCCCGGUUUCAUUACCUUCGUCGAAGGUCUGGGUGCCAUCAUUCCACUCAUGUAUCGUCUCUCGAACAUACUCUCUGAAUCUUGCCUUGUCUGUUCACACUCCUGGAACAGGUGUUCCAGCUUCUUCGGUCAAGCUUUGUCUCCCAUUGCAGAUCGCAGCACAAGGCAAUCGAACUGCGCCAAAAACUCUUACUGCAGAAGAAGCUGCUGCUGAGCUAGCAGAUGCAAAUGAGUACCUGAGACCAAGAGUCAUUGACAUGCCAAGAGAGGAUUUGGUUGAGAAUGGUGUUUUGCGAUCUAGCUCUACUAUUCCACGUCCGGAGUUACCUCCAAGUUAUGAGCAUACCGAGGAGCCAAGAAGGCAAGUUGAUCCAUCGAGGUGCUAA